GAAAACGCCUAGGUCAUUCAGAAAAAGCACGCACUGCAUGCGCACUAAGAUGUUGUGGCAAAACAAGAGGCGGGUAUAUAAGCGACUGAACAAUAGGUAAAGUAACAUCAUAACGACCUAAUUCCUCCUUUAGAUCGCUGCACAUAUAUUCUCUCACUCUCUACCUACCUGCCUGCCGAGUGCCUACGGGGAGGUGCAGAGAUGCUUCUUACCACGAGUGGGUACCAGCUUGCGCUAUUUUGCCUUCUGAUAAGAAGCUGUCAAGCUGUCAAGAACGGCGCCACGGAAACGUUAAACGCUCAGUUGAUAAGUACGGUCCAGGAUACACCGAGUAGUAAUGUAUCAAUGAAUCAAGCACGCAACGGAGGAAGACGUUUGACCAGCGAUGCGAGGAAAGAGCAGGGCCAGGCACAGAACCAGGUGGGCUGCAGAGAGCUGCGCUCCACCAAGUACAUCUCAGACGGCCAGUGCACCAGCCUGAACCCGGUCAAGGAGCUGGUUUGUGCCGGGGAGUGUCUCCCCUCCCACCUACUGCCCAACUGGAUCGGCUCCGGCCCCGGCUACACCGGAAAGUUCUGGAGCCGGCGGGAGGCCCAGGAGUGGCGUUGCGUCAUCGACCGGACCCGGACCCAGCGCAUCAGACUGCAGUGUCAGAACGGAAGCUCCAGGACCUACAAGAUCACUGUGGUUACUUCCUGCAAGUGUAAACGUUACUCCAGGCAGAACAAUGACUCAGGGAAUGGGAAGUCAGAGGUGGAGGUUGGGCAGGCCCAGGGGCAGAGCUCCACACUCCAGGGGCCCAAGAGGAGGAAGGGAAAGGAAGGGAAGAAUGGACGUUCUGGGCAGGAGGACUGGGCUGAAGAACAGCCUAAAAAUGACUGAAUGGAGACUUCUGGUCAGGGGUGCUCUGUACACCUCUGAGGGGAUGGAAGGUCUCUCUGUGCCCCCACUUAAGAAACAACUGCAGCACCAACAGACACUAGUUUUGUUUAGAUGGAGCCAAUGUGUUCGCUAUGUUUAAAGUAGCUAUAUGGAGAAGGCUAUGCAAUGAUUCUUCAGACAGUGCAACUGGUUUGCCUAAUAUUGACCACUGUGGAUGUGUUUGUAAAUGUAUGUGUUUUUGUAUGUGAUAGAAUAAGACUAGUUUAAAUAGUACAAGAACCACAUUAGACAACGUGAGAUGAAGUGUUCGUAUCAACAGCUGAGUAUGUUGUCCAAAUAGUAAUGUUUAUAAUAACAUAAAAUGGCAUGGUAUGUAUAUAAAUAGUGAUUCUAUA